AUGGCUUCAAUGGCGGAUCAGGCUCUUCUUCAACCUUUCCUAGCCAAACCCGCCACCAAAGACUCAGAUUCAGGUAUAUUUCUACGGAUUUUCUCUUUACUUCUCGUCGGAGCAAUCUCCUUGUGGGCGAACCACGAGGCAUCAAAAGGUUUCACCAUAACAAUCAUCAAUGAAGCGAAAGAAACUCCUUCAGGGAAAAGAUUCUCUCUUUUCUUCGAGUCUGAUGAUACUGCGGUGAGAGUCUUGAUCGAGACGAGUUUCUCUGUGGAGAGAUUGCUCUACGAGGGUGUUCCUCAUCGUCUCCGGAAGCCUGUGAACCACGUUACCGUACGUUUCUACGGAAACAGAAGUGAUGGAGUAGAGAGAUUCACGGUAACUUCUAAUGCAAGUCAUGGAGAGUAUGUGAUCAGAUUAAGCUCAUCUCUAAUGAAAACAAGUGAGUUUCGAAACGCUGUGAAAGCAGCAUUGAGAAGAUCUAUGAUUAGGAUUUGGCUAUGGGGAGAGGAGUCAGGGGCUUCACCGGAGCUUGUGGCCGGGUUAGUGGAGUAUUUGGCCGUGGAGGGUGUAGAACGUCGUCGUUUAGAUGAGUUAGGUGUGUAUCCAAAGGAUAAGGAGUCUGUGUAUGUGGUGGCUAGGUGGUUGGAUUACUGUGAAAGACGUAGCGAGGGUUUCAUCAGAAGGCUGAACCAUGGGAUGAGACUUAGGUGGGAUGAUCAGACGGUUGAUCUCGCUUCGAAUGGUGCGUGUGGCUCACGCAAGGGUGUGUUGCGUGAGCCAGAGGACAAAGACAGUGGAUUUAAUCAUUGA